AUGUUCAAAAGUGUGAUAGCGUGCACCCGAGAGUUAUUAUUAUGCAUUGUAACAAUCACUGAUGUGGAGUACGAUAUCAACGACGGGAGUCCCGAAGUGGAUGCGCUGACCCGGUUUAUGGGCAAAGUGCGCGACCGGUUCCACCAGGCGAUGCCCAACUCACAGGUCACGUUUGACGUGCCAUGGAGUCCAUACAAUGUCAAUGGCACCGGUAUAGACGGCCGUAACUAUAACUUUACAGCGUUGGCCGAUGUGUCGGAUUUUUUAUUUGUGAUGGCGUACGACGAACGGAGUCAGGUGUUUGACACGGACUGUCUGGCUCAGGACAACUCUGACCUGUUUUGGACGGCGGGUGGGCUCAUGGCGUACUUGAAGCUGGGCGUUGACCCUGAUAAAAUGGUGCUGGGCCUGCCAUGGUACGGCUACGACUAUCAGUGCGUGCGCACCGGUCCCGACCGCACCUGCUUUAUCAAAGAGGUGCCCUUCCGUAACGUUAGCUGUAGCGAUGCCGCCGGUGUUCAGGUGCCGUACGUUGAGAUCAAACAACUGGUGGACAUUUACGGCGACUGGAACAUCUGUGACUCGGCCAACGUUACCCAUCAGAUCUGGUACGACACGUCCGGGAGCCUGGGUAUGAAGGUUGGGUUAGCCAAGUAUAGGGAGCUGAGAGGUGUGGGCGUCUGGAACGCCAAUAUGUUGGACUACUCGGGCACUAAAGAGGGUAAG